AUGACAGCCCUCCUAACUGCUUCCACUUGUGUGGGCGAACGCCACUUGGUGAUCGGGUGGUCACAUGUAGCAGCACUUAGGGUGCAAACAUUAUUGGAAUCCGGGGCCAUUCCGGUUCUCGUUUCCCCACAAAAUGACGAUUCUUACAAAUUUCCAGACACUAUAUUGGAGGAUAUUGCCAAGGGGAGGAUUAUACGAGUCGACCAAGCGUUCGAGUUGUCACAUUUGACACUGUUGGGCCGAGAAGAAGUGGACAAAGUGGUGGAUCGGGUGUAUACUGUUUUACCCAUUUCCAGUAUUGAACUUAAAAACCUGAUUUAUACUCAAUGUUGCAAAUUACGAAUACCUGUGAACACGUCGGACUCUCCUGAACUUUCUUCGUUCACGUUGUUGUCCACGUACAAAUCUGGCGACUUUCAAAUGGGAGUAACCACCAAUGGAAAAGGCUGCAAAUUGGCGGCACGAUUGAAACGAGAACUUGCUGCUUCUCUUCCGUCGAAUAUUGGAGCGAUUUGUAACAAUGUCGGUGAGUUGCGCAAGGCGAUCCAGGAGGAAGAUCGGUUGGAAUUUGAGACAAAAAACAUCGGAGAGCACGACGACGAUGCGGUCAAUUCAAGUGCUCUCAACGCAUUGGUCCAUGAAUUCAACAUGUCUAAAGAAGAGAGAAAGAUCCAAAGAACUCGGUGGCUCUCCCAGGUGGUGGAGUACUAUCCGCUUGCAAAACUAGCGGAAGUUUCCAUCGACGACUUGACAUCAGCAUAUAAAAGACUGAAAGUCGAGAAAGAAGAAAAAGAAGAAAAAGCUGAAAAUCUAAAUAAAAAAGGAAGGAUAUCGUUGGUGGGCGCCGGUCCCGGUUCUGUUUCGCUUCUCACGCUCGGAGCACUCAACGAGAUCAACUCGGCAGACUUAAUUUUGGCAGAUAAAUUGGUGCCUCAGCAGGUUCUAGACCUCAUUCCAACCCACCGGUGCAAAUUAUUUAUCGCUCGAAAGUUCCCAGGAAACGCCGAGGCUGCUCAGCAGGAGCUCUUGGGUAUGGGAUUGGGUGCCCUUUAUGAGGGAAAAAAAGUUGUGAGACUCAAACAGGGCGAUCCAUAUAUCUUUGGCCGUGGAGGUGAAGAGUACAAUUUUUUUGCAAAACAUGGAUAUACGCCGGUUGUGCUUCCAGGAAUCACCUCGGCUCUCGCUGCUCCUGUAGCGGCUCAAAUCACUCCCACACAUAGAGAAGUGGCGGAUCAGGUACUUAUUUGUACGGGAACAGGAAGAAAAGGUGCCAUGCCAAAUAUUCCCGAAUUUGUGGGUUCACGAACCACCGUCUUUUUGAUGGCAUUGCAUCGGGUCGUGGACCUUAUUCCAACCCUUAUCAGCAAAGGAUGGGACGAAAAUCUUCCUUGUGCUGUCGUUGAACGAGCUUCAUGCCCUGAUCAGCGAGUGGUUCGAGUCAAACUCAAAGACGUUGCGGCAGCUGUUGAGGCAUGUGGGUCUCGUCCACCGGGUCUUCUCGUCACGGGAUAUGCGUGUGAAGUCAUAGAAAAGCCAAGUGAGCUGAAAAAAUGGAUUAUAGAAGAGGGAUAUGAGGAUGUGGGGAGGAUUAAUUUGGAGAAGGAGUAG